AGUUUUGGACGGAGAACUUAUUUCCGGCCAGUGAUCGGGUCACUCGGGUAAUUUUCGUGCGAAAAACAUAAACCCCACUAAAACCCCCCUGGUGUUGCCUUUGCUUACCUUCUCGAAAGCCCUAGUCCAAUUUCUUCUCCCCUUCCUAUUGCAAUGGCUUCUCGCUUUCGCUCUCUCUCCAAACCUUCUUUGACCCUCCUCAAAUCCACCCUCACCAAACCCGUCCCCAAGCCCAAGCCCAAGCCCAACCCCUCUCCGUCCUUCCUCACUCCACGCUCUUCCCCGCCGCUCUCCAGGCAAACCGUUCUGUCCCUGUCAUUUGCUCAAAUGGGUGCUCUUCAGUCCCUUCUCCCUCUUCACUCAGCCGUGUCUUCAGCUCGUCUGACGUCGUGCCUUGGGAUUGAUUCAGUGAGCUCAAGAUCGUUGUCUCAGGAGAUGUGGAAGAGUUGGGAGGCUGCUGAAAUUACUCUAUAUCGGGGUCGAUAUACUAUGUUUCAAUGGAUGCAAAAGCUUUUCAUUGGGAUAACCUGUUCUCAAAAUGCUCUUGAAUUGAAUUCCAGCAGCCGUGAUUUGAAGCUCGAUUCCAAGGGGAAGCCCAUGAAAGUGAAGAUGAGUGUCCCACUGGCAGCUGCAUGAUUUGAAUUUGUUGCUAAAACUUCCUUAUCAUGUACUCUCUUUCUUAUUACUAGUUGUGUUGGAACCAUUCAUAGGGCAAGGCUUUUUAAUCAGGGCAAGUGUACCACUGAGAAUCCAAUUUCAUAUAAAGCAGAUACUAUGGGCCAAAAAGCUGCCCUCUACAAACAAUAAAGACGAACUAUAUGCAAUUUGUUUUUUUGUUUUU